AUGCAGUGCCUCCUGUUCACCCUGGCCGUCGCCCUGGUCUGUGCUGUUGGGGCUAUCGACAGCCCCCAGGCCAUGCAGGACGUGGAGGUCCCAAAGUUGGCAGGGACCUGGCACUCCAUGGCCAUGGGGGCCAGUGACUUCUCCCUCCUGGAGUCCAAGGAGGCCCCUCUGAGGGUCUACAUCACCUCACUGCAGCCCACCCCCGAGGGCAACCUGGAGAUCAGCCUGCAAAAACGGGAAAACGACCAGUGUGUUAAGAAGAAGAUCGUCGCAGAGAAGACUGAGAACCCUAUCGAGUUCAAGAUCAACUAUCUGGAUGAGAACAGGAUCUUCCUGUUCAACACCGACUACAGCAAAUACCUGUUUGUCUGUCUGGAGAGCACCUCCCAGCAGAACCUGGCCUGCCAGUACCUGGCCAGGACCCUGGAGGCGGAUGACAAUGUCAUGGAGGAAUUUAUCCACUUUCUCAAGACCCUGCCCAUGCACAUGCGGGUCUUCCUGGACGUGACCCAGGCAGAAGAGCGGUGCUGUGUCUAGGAGAGCUCCUGCCCAGUCCUGCCUCCUGGGUCCCGGAGCCUCAACCCCUGUGCAGAGGAAGAGGACGUCACCCCUCCGGAGGGACCAUGAGGCUGAAGACCAAGGAGCAUUUCCUGGGACCCUGGGACUUCCCGGCCUCAGCCUGGGGUUUCUGUUCUCAGCCAUCCCUUUUGAGCAAUAAAUAAACU